UCUUCCUCACCCAUCACCCAUCUGCUCUUUCUAGAUGAGGAUAUUUCCCAAGGACUUCCAUUUGGUGCUUUUUGUAUUCAUUCCUGUUGCAGAGCUGAGCUGAGCAAAAGCAAGCCUCUCAACCCAACAGAAGUAAGGACACAUGCGUCCACCCGGCAGAAACGCAGCCCUGACCCUUCAUUCCUGAUGAAUGGAUGAUCGUGCCCACCAGUCCAAAAACCAUGUCCUCUCUAUGACGGUUACUUGUUAAGCUAACCCUGCAUGCCAGAAGACUGUCCUUGGUUGAUCCAAGGGCUUUUGGGGACUCCGGCCUCUCCCCAGUUUUUCUGUGUGUGUGUGUUCCUCUAGAACUUUCAAAACUGUUUCUCCAAAGGGUUUUGCAGAAACUUAGACUGUUUUCUAAAGCAGAAGCACCUCAGUCCACAGCAGUAGUGAUGGGCAGCGUGCGAACCAACCGCUACAGCAUCGUGUCUUCGGAAGAGGACGGCAUGAAGCUGGCAACCAUGGCCGUUGCCAACGGCUUUGGGAAUGGAAAGAGUAAGGUACACACCAGACAGCAGUGCAGGAGCCGCUUUGUCAAAAAAGAUGGCCACUGCAACGUCCAGUUUAUUAACGUGGGUGAGAAGGGACAGCGAUACCUGGCAGACAUCUUCACCACUUGCGUGGACAUCCGCUGGAGGUGGAUGCUAGUUAUCUUCUGCCUGACUUUCAUCCUCUCCUGGCUUUUUUUUGGCUGUGUGUUUUGGUUGAUUGCACUGUUGCAUGGAGAUCUGGAGAAUCAAGAAAACAGCAAACCUUGCGUCUCUCAAGUGAGCAGCUUCACCGCAGCCUUUCUGUUCUCCAUUGAGACCCAGACCACGAUCGGCUAUGGUUUCAGGUGUGUCACAGACGAGUGCCCCAUCGCAGUUUUCAUGGUGGUUUUCCAGUCUAUAGUAGGCUGCAUCAUUGAUGCCUUCAUCAUUGGUGCUGUCAUGGCAAAGAUGGCUAAGCCAAAAAAGAGAAAUGAAACUCUAGUCUUCAGCCACAAUGCCGUGGUGGCCAUGAGAGAUGGAAAACUGUGCCUGAUGUGGCGUGUUGGAAACCUGAGGAAAAGCCACUUGGUGGAGGCACAUGUGCGAGCGCAGCUCCUCAAGUCCAGGAUCACGUCGGAAGGGGAGUACAUCCCCUUGGAUCAAAUAGACAUCAAUGUAGGGUUUGACAGCGGGAUAGACCGCAUAUUCCUGGUCUCCCCAAUUACGAUAGUACAUGAAAUAGAUGAAGACAGUCCUUUGUAUGACUUGAGCAAACAAGACAUGGACAAUGCUGACUUUGAAAUUGUAGUAAUAUUAGAGGGCAUGGUGGAAGCUACCGCCAUGACUACCCAGUGCCGUAGCUCAUAUCUGGCAAAUGAAAUCCUCUGGGGCCACCGCUACGAGCCCGUACUCUUUGAAGAGAAAAACUACUACAAAGUGGACUAUUCCAGGUUCCACAAAACAUACGAAGUGCCCAACACACCCAUCUGUAGUGCCAGAGACUUAGCGGAAAAGAAAUACAUUCUCUCUAACGCAAACUCCUUUUGCUACGAGAACGAAGUGGCCCUCACCAGCAAAGAGGAGGACGAGAUUGACACUGGGGUGCCUGAGAGCAUGAGCACAGACACCCACCCGGACAUGGACCACCACAACCAAGCAGGGGUGCCUCUAGAGCCACGGCCGCUACGGCGGGAGUCGGAAAUAUGACUGACAAACUCUUCCUCUCUCUUUCGGUUGAAAGGAAAAAAAACACAAACCACAUCUAUCGGUCAAAGGCACGUUGACCUGAGAAGUUGGCCCAGAACAGUUUUCAGACAACGGUACUGUUGAAGAGUGGGGUGAAGGCAAGCAGACCUGAGAAACCCAGGCUGGUUUUAGGGCUGUCCUGAGAGGAGGGACGACAGAAAAUGAACUCUAAACACAAAGCACUAAACAUGUCUAAGUAUGAACAGAAGGCACAUAUGUUGUAGAAUAAAUUAUGUAUAUAUUUUUUUACAAAACUUGAACUUGCAGGCAAGCUUUGGUUGGGUUAUUAUUAUUUUUUUUCAACUUUUUCCAGAAUGCUUCUCUCUAGGGAACAAGAAUGUUUUUAAUGGCAUAACAAAGGCAAGAUUCUGCCUUAUUAUUAUUAUUAUAAUUAUUUUUUAAAGAGCUGCUGCUAACUACAUGAACACAAAUGGUUAUUUUUGUUGCAGUGUAGUUUUUAUUUUCUCUUGUGUAAUUUAAAAAAAAAAAAAAAAGAAAAAAAAGUCAGUGUUGAACUUUUUGGGUUGAAAAGCUCGCGAUCACUUCAGAGGGGCCGAUGUUGCCAGAAAGUCUAAAUUCCUUUUGAGGCCAGUAGUUUGAUAGCAAGAAUCAAUUUCUCUCUUUCCAAUUACAUAAGGGGCAUUACGUAAUAUCAGGCCAAUCAGGAGCCUCCAGCAAAAUUAUGAUUUUUGGGGGGAGAAUUUAAUUCUAAAGGAAAAACGAAAUAAAAAAUAUAUAUAUACACACAUAGAAAAAGUACUAAGUUAAAACUACCUAAAUGGAUACCAAAGAAAAUGCACAGUUUUGCACAGUGGAGUUUAUUUACAAAAAAAAAAAAAAAAAAAAAAGAAAAAAAAAAGAAAAGUAAAAAAAGAAAAGGAACAGGCUGCUUUAAACAAAAAAAAAUUUCAAACCUCAGACACUUUUUUUGGUUUUGUUUUUUGUUUUUUUUUUCUCUUUUCUUUUCAAGACCUUUAUUUUGCACCUUAUUCUAAAAGCUUAAGACUGGGAUCUAAAGUGAGCUAGGGCUCCUCCCCUUCCCCCCUGCUCUUCCAUGGGGAUAUAAACUCCCUUCCUUUCUUAUAAAGAGAAGGGCGGUUGGGGCAAGGCAAAGAAGCCGACAUCUCUCCUCGCCGCUCGCCCGCUGAGCCGGGCUGCCGCAGCAGGUCCAGCGUCGGUGCGGACAUUCCCAACCCGGCGCUGGACCUCGGCGCUGAGCCAUUCUCCUGGAAACUGAGCCACCCUCGGCGCCCACCCCAGCCCCGUGGCUGCCCUGGUGUCACCAGUUAAACCACGCCAGGGCCGGGCCGAGCCGCCGGGCCGCGGCGGGGGCUGUCGCUGCUGGAGCGAUAGGCGCAGACGAGCCGAGCAAUAGAGAAAUCCCCAGGAAGAGGGUUUGGUUUUUUUUUUUUUGGAAGAGGAAGGGAGAGGGUAAGAGCGAGGAAGAAAAGAACUUUUCCAACACGGCGCUUGGGGAUGGCGUGGGGAUUGUGGCAUUUUGUAAAAAAUGCUUCUCUUCAGCAGGGCCAGGGUGUCAGAAAAAGCGUAUUUUCCUGCUCAUUUGGGGAGGACGAGGCUGCAAAGCGAGACCCGUCUCCUGCUGAGCGGUCGGCGGAUGAGACGUGUCUCCGAGCUCCCAGCGGGUUUUGUGACCUCCUGCGAAGCUCCGGCUCGAGCGGUAUUUUGGCUCCUUCACCCCGAAGGCUUUAAAUUCCCGGUGCCUCUAAGACGAAGGAGGCAGCGAGCCUGGGCUUCACGCCUGCUCCCCGAGGAGCAGGGCGAGAGGGGUGGCGGUGGGGACGAUAAUCCUAGUCAACUCUUGCAGUAUUGGAUCACUGUAUGCCAUUAAAAAACAGCUUGUUCUAGGUCUAAUGUCUUCUGCAAACGGAUAUCUGUGAAGGCCUCCGGCCCCUUCCAGCCCUGCCUGAAAGAAAUGCCUGCAAUGAACUGGUUUCUGAUAAGACGGUAUCUGCAGUUGGGUGGGUUCGAGACUGUGGAAAUUCGACAUUGUAAACACAGAUUUGGCUACUAGAGAGGGCAGAUGAUGAAGUGCAAGUACUGAGGCUGUUACUGGGGUGGGGGGACGUAAAAGAAAGGAAAGGCUGAACAUAUAAAGGCGAUUUGAUUGCAGUUUCUGGGUCAACAGUAGCGAAGACAACUGAGUGCUGCUAGUGCUGCUAUUGUGAUACUCGUGUAAAAGGAAAAUAACUAAACCAAAGAGUAUUCAGUGGAACAGAGGGUGCGUGGAAACGCGAUGGGGAAGGGGUGGAAAAGGGCGGCUGAGCGGGAGAAAGGGGACUUUUUCUCCGGGUCGGCGUCCCCCAGGUGCACAGUGCUCCCACUACGUGAUACUUGAGAUGUUCGAGGGAGGGGUGAGAGACGGGGGGACGGGGAAACGCAGGAUUCGGUUUGUUUCUUUAAAGCAAAAGAAAUUCAGAGGGAAAAAAAAAAAUAAAUAAAAUCCCCUCCCCCUUAACACUUCUGGUGCAGAGGUUUGGGGUUUUUGUUUUGUUUUGUUUUGUUUUGUUUUGUUUUUCAAGUCAGUUUUUCAGAAAUAUUUUUAAAAUGUACAUUUUAUAAAGUUUAUCAAGUAUUUUCAUAUUUAAAGCCAAAUGUAAAUAGAAGUCUGUAAAGGAGGACAAGGAGAAGAAGAAAAGGAAAAGCCACAAAAAGUAUAAAUUCUGCUCGGCAGUCUCGGCUAGCUAGUACCUAGAUGCUACCGGUUAGCAUGAUUUUUAGCAAAUACUUGCAAGCCUUAUAGGAUUCCUAAUGCUAUGAACUUCUCUUUAUUUAUUUUUAAGCAUGGACUUUCCAUUUGAGAACAUGUUCUAGUUACUGGCAUUUUUAAAAGUUACCAGCUUUCCAAGUGCUAGUCUUGUCAAGGGUGUGCAUGGAGGUAAUCCAUUACACUCUCUGCCGCAUUCUUUUUUUUUUUUUUUUUUUUUUUUUUUUAAAUAACCCUUUGUCUUUGCCGAUUGAAUCUCACAUUGCAGAAUUGCACUCGGCCUCUGGCUCCGGGAAGCUGCUAGGAAGAGACCUGCAAUGUACACUCCAUGGUACCCUUCCCCCUUGUCCAUCAUUUCUGUAUUUUCUCAACUCGCCGCGGUAAACCCGGUGUAGGACAGACUAUCGUAGCACACUUCUACAGCAGCAAAUUGGGUUAGUCAUUUUUUUAAAAAUGUUAUUUUUAAGGACUAGACAGUGACUGACAGCGUUUCUUCAGUUCCCGACGAUCCUGGGCCAAGCUGAUGCUUAAUUAGGAGCCCUUUAAACUGACUGAGCUCUACCCGCAGGCUCCAACAGGCGUUGGUUCCGCCUCUUUAUCAAGGAUAAAGUUGGCUCAACUGGCUCGCACAGAAGGUUUAUACUGUAUUUCGCUUAGGGUCUGGGGGGGAAUAUGUUAUUUCUGCCCUUCCCUGAAAAUACUUGAAUGAGACACAUUGUCUAAAACAUAAUACUGCGUACAGUGACAAAAGAGCAUUUCCGAGGCAGGUGGGGAUGGAUCGCGUCUUUCCUCUGUCUCUUCCGUGCGAGUUGUCCGUGGUUAAGUAGCAAGGGUAGAAAUCACUACUUAUUAGCCGCGUUUAACGAUCCUCUCUCCCAGCCAUGAUAAACUUCUGUGGUGGUAGUUCAGCACUCGCUCUUCUCGGAAAAGACAAAGGGUCCAGAUGUUUUAUUUGUUCUCUUAGGUCUUCUUUUUCAUAAUGGAUUACAAGGUAAAACUGAGAAGUACUGUAAUGUCUUUAAAUUAUGGCUGCUCACGACCAUUGUAAAGUAGAAGGGUGCUGCAUAGUUGCCAUCCCACAGCCCACGAGAAACUGACUUUGUAACGACUUUUGGCCUGCAGCUAUUGUAAGGUGAACAAUCGAGGCAUCUGACAGUUGUCCAUUACUAUUUUCCUGUUUGCAGCCUUUUUGUAUCAAAGUCUUCCUAAUGUACUGCACAAAUUGUGGAUUGUACAGAUUUUUAUAUAUUAUGUCUUAUUUUAUUAUUUCUAAAUAAAUA